AUGAACAACAGCGGCUUAGCAUGGCCAUCAGUUGGUACUGAAAUCCGUCGAACUGAAUCCGAAUCUGCCCAGCAAAGCCGUCUUGAAUCCAUGGCUGAAUCCGUUCAAUCCAUUCUCAACUGUGUAGGUGAGGAUGCUGACCGUGAGGGCUUAGUAAAGACUCCCAUGCGCUAUGCCAAAGCUCUGAUGUUUUUCACCAAAGGAUAUGAAGAAAACCUGGCCACCGUUGUUAAUGAUGCGGUAUUUGAAGAGGAUCAUGAUGAAAUGGUGAUCGUCAAGGAUAUCGAUGUCUUUUCGCUUUGCGAGCAUCAUAUGGUACCUUUUACUGGAAAGAUUCACAUUGGAUAUCUUCCUGAUAAAAGAGUCAUGGGGCUCAGCAAGUUUGCUAGAAUUGCUGAAAUGUUUAGCAGACGCUUGCAAGUGCAGGAGCGACUAACCAAACAGGUUGCGGUUGCAAUCGACGAGAUUCUCAAGCCUCGUGGUGUUGCUGUCAUCAUGGAAGCAACACACAUGUGCAUGGUUAUGCGUGGUGUUCAAAAACCUGGAUCUACCACCAUCACCAGCUGCAUGCUUGGCGAAUUCCGUAACGACCCAAAAACCAGAGAGGAGUUUCUCAGUUUGACUCAGCGUCGCUAG